AUGAGGAACAUAGCAACUUGUUACAGUGAACAUGCUGUAAGAGUUUCAGAUUCAUAUUGUUCAGGACCAUUAAACAAGUCUUACAUCUCACCGAAAUCAUCACCUUCAAUCCAAAAUGUUGUCACCUGUACAUACAAAACCCUGAUUUCUAACCAAAAACGUUUGUUCGUCACAAUUUCAUGGUGUAGUAAGAUGAUUUGUCAAGGUUUUUUCAUCAAAAUCAGUGAAAAAAUGUCAAGGGUGAAUCAUUACCAACAAGGGUUUCAUCAAUUACCCAAAACAAAGGGUACAAAAUUUAUAGAAGAUUUUAGAGAUGAUCAAAAGAAGUUGAGCAUUUCAGUCCAUUGGGAUCUCUCAGCAGCAGAUUUCGAGGCCGGGCCAGAGCCGAUCAAAGGUUUCUACAUCGUCCUCUUGGUGAAUUUCCAGUAUGCACUGGUCCUUGGAGACAUGGAUCAUGACCCUUUUGUAAGAGGUUUGAUUGAUACAUGGAUUGUUCCGAAGCUCGCAUUGGUCUCCCAAUGCGAGCAUUACAACGGGCAAUGGAAUAGUCAAAUAUCCUCCAAGGCGAAAUUCAAUGACAAUGGAGAUGAACAUGAGAUUAUGAUCAAAUGUUGUCCGGACGAAGACGGGCCAAGGAGCCCGGUGUUAUCGGUGUAUAUUGAUAAGAAAAGGGUAGUUAAGAUUAAGAGAUUACAAUGGAACUUUAGAGGAAAUCAGGUGAUAUUUGUGGAUGGGUUGUUGGUUGAUGUAAUGUGGGAUGUGUAUGGAUGGUAUUUUGAUCAAACAGUUGGUGGGCAUAAUAGUAAUAAUGUUACUAAUAGUAUAAAAGGUGGUUGUGGCUAUAUCAUGUUUAGAACAAGAAGUGGGUUAGAUAGUAGGCUUUGGUUAGAAGAAGAAGAGAAGAAAUUGGCUGAUAAUAAGCUUGGUAAACCUGAAUUUUCUUUGUUAAUUUGUGCUACUAAUAAGAACCCUGGUUAA